AUGAUUGGUUCCUACAUUUUCCCGGGCUCCUCUGGUGGACCUCCUCAAACACAUACCUUUCCAUUUCUGCUGUCUCCAUAUACACCUAACAUGACUUUACCUCACAGGGUUCUCAAUACUUUAAUGACAAUGGGGUUUUAUGCUGUAAUGCAGGUUAUCAAAUGGUCUUCGCCUUUCAGUAAGGAUAAUCUAAGGAACUAUGUUCCGACAGAGGUUUUAGAUGUUGAUGUUCGAGAUGCGGCCAGAAAAUCAUUAUUAUUUAUGGAAAAUAAUAUGGACAUCAUGGAUUACCCAAAAGCAUUAUAUCCGAAUCAUAUUCGUGUAGGUGGCCUAACAACACGUCCUGCUAGCCCACUGCCACAAGAUUUGGAAAAUUUCUUUUCAAAGUCUAAAAAUGGGGUGAUUGUCGUAUCGUUUGGAAGUACGCUGAGGAAAUCUCCUAAACAAUUCUUUGAGAGAGUGGUCAACAUAUUUAAGCACUUUAAACAGAGCGUGGUCAUGUCGUACUCUGAAAACGCAGAAUAUGGGAAUGUGAAAACGAUGUCGUGGUUACCACAGAAUGAUGUGUUGGCACAUAAAAACACUGUGUUAUUUGUUAGUCAUUGUGGUAAAAACGGUUUAAAUGAGGGAUUUUACCACGCUGUUCCUAUCGUGUGUAUGCCCUUCCAUGGCGACCAAGCAGGCAAUGGUGUGAAAGUAAAAUACUUAAAAAUUGGCGAUUCCAUAAACAUGCUAAAUUCUAAAGACGAAGAUAUAAUUCAAACCGUGCAAAAUGUAUUAAAUGAUAAAUCUUUUAAAGCUAAUAUGAACAGAUUAUCUGCUAUUUAUCAUGAUGCUAAAUUCACACCAAGAGAAACUGCAGCUAAUGCACUCGAACACGUUUUAAAAUUUGGUGGUGAUCAUUUAAGACCUGUUUCAAGUGACUUUAAUUUUCUAGCUGAAAAUAUGACAGAUGUGUGGUUUAUCAUAUUUAUGUUUCUAUGUUUAUUUAUCUAUUUGUUCUAUAGGUUAGUGAAAUGUUGUUGUUGUUGUUUGUGCGUAAAACAAAAGGCAGUCGUAAAAAAUAAGAAGGAGUGAACUGAGAUCUUCAACCAAUAGUAAAUGAAAAUCCUGGUCUCUAUUGUCUAUUUUCACUACAAUCUUAUCCAAUCUACAUAAUCCAUCAGGAAAAUGUCAAGCAUUUGCAAACUGCGUCUAAUACCUUGACAUCAUUCAGCAUCUUUCUUGUAUCCAAGAAGUUUAUAAUAUACCGAUUUGGUAGGAUUAUGUAAGCGAAUGAAGCCAUUGACCAGGAUUGGCUGUAAUACUUACACCAUUUCAAACAAGUGGGAUUAAAAUUCAGAUUUGAGGCACGGCCUGGUUCUAAACCCGCACACUGUAAGGCUAUGUAAAUAUUAUACAUGUGGCACAUAAAAAGUAAUUUUAUUAUAGUGUGUUCUAUAAGUGUACUAAAUGUAUCAGACUUCUCCCAUGUUCCGUUACCUAUGAUCACCAAUGCUAAAGGAAGACGGUGAUAUCAUGGCCCAUAGUAUUAUUGAACAUGUAAUGUCUUUUUCUAUAUUAUAUUAUGUAAUAUUUUUGUAAAAUUUGCAUUUCAUUC